AUGUCGAGUAUUGCGCAAGUCGCUGCAAUCAAGUGCUCAGCUCUACCGUUCGCUGACAAGGAGAAGAAGAAGAAGAGUGUGCGAUGGAGGGACGAGGCCGGACUGAAUGCCAUUUCGUUCAUUCCGGCAGAUAUAUCCUCAUCGUGGUUCAUGGUCGACAGCUCUUUGCCGCAACGCAGCACGUCUUUAGACGCACUCCGAGUCGCUCCCCGGGUACGCCAUUCGAUUGGCCACCGCUUAUCUGGCGUUGUUUUCGGCGAUAGCAAAACCCACGAAGAGGAUGAGGGUGUGCUUUUCAAGAUGCGCGCCAAAUUGUUUCGAUUCGACAGUAAUGUAGGCUACGAAUGGAAAGAGCAUGGCACUAGAGAUGUCCGUCUCCUCGAGCACAAGGAGACCCACAAGGUCAGGCUGGUGAUGCGGCUGGAUAAGACUCUCAAAGUCUGUGACAACUAUGUUACACCACCUCCACCGAAAGCUUUGGAUUCCAAGCUGAAAUCAGCCAGUUGCAACCUCAUUAUCGACACUAUCGACUCAACUAAGCUUUGGACCACCGCGUCGCCUGUACCGCACUCGGCCUUUCGCCAGCACAGUUUCGCCACCACGGACAACGAGAUUUUCCUUCGCCUCUCUCACCGACCCUUCCGUUCUCGACACCGAGAUGGAUCUCUCCAUCUUCAUCCCCAACAAAGAGAAGAGCUGCUGAUCAUUCACGACACGGGUAUUGGCCAGACCAAGGCUGACCUGGUCAAUGAUCUAGGUACCAUCGCCAACUUGAAGUCUGGCACAAAAGGCUUCAUUGAGGCCCUCUCUUCUGGCGCCGACAUCUCCAUGAUUGGUCAAUUCGGUGUUGUUUCCAAACACAACGAUGACGAGCCAUACAUUUGGGAGUCUGCCGCUGGUGGGACCUUCACUAUUACCCUCGACACCGUCAACCCCCCAAUCGGACGUGGUUCUGAAAUCCGUUUGUACCCGAAGGAGGACCAACUCGAGUACCUCGAGGAGAAGAAGAUCAAGGAGAUUGUCGCGAAAAAGUCCGAGUUCAUUUUUUACUCAAUCAAACUCGCUGUCACGAAGGAGGUCGAGAAGGUUAGUAGUCUUUUUCCCCUCUCCUACAUCUGUUCUAACGUGAUCUAUAGGAAGUUGAGGAUGACGAGGAGGAGGAGGCUGAUGCCGAUCGAGGCGGUCGAGGAUGAAGAUGAUGCGCCGAAAGACAAUAAGAAGAAGAAGGUUAAGGAGCAAAAGAUCACUACCGAGGAGCUCAACAAAACCAAGCCCAUCUGGACUCGCAACCCGUCAGAAAUCACGACUGAAGAGUACGGGUCGUUCUACAAGAGCUUAACCAACGAUUGGGAGGAUCAUCUUGCUGUCAAGCACUUCUCGUUGAAGGUCAACUCGAAUUCAAGGCCAUCCUCUUCAUUCCCAAGCGGUAAGUCGGCACCCUUCGAUCUCUUCGAGUCCAAGAAGAAGCGCAACAACAUCAAGCUCUACGUCCGCCGUGUCUUCAUCAUGGACGACUGCGAGGAGCUUAUUCCCGAAUACCUCAACUUCGUCAAGGGUAUCGUCGACUCAGAGGAUCUGCCCCUCAACAUCUCCCGUGAGACGUUGCAGCAGAACAAGAUCCUCAAGGUCAUUCGCAAGAACAUUGUGAAGAAGUGCAUGGAGGUUCUGGCUGAAAUUGCGGAGGACAAGGACAACUUCACCAAAUUCUACGAGGCUUUCGGCAAGAACCUCAAGCUUGGUAUCCACGAAGAUGCCCAAAACCGAAGCAAACUCGCCGAGUUCCUGCGUUUCUUCUCGACCAAGUCGUCUGAGGAGCAGACCUCGCUCAAAGACUAUAUUACCCGCAUGCCCGAAAUCCAAAAAUCCAUCUACUACCUCACCGGCGAAUCUUUGGCGGCCACCCGCGACUCACCAUUCCUUGAGGUCCUCAAGAAGAAGGGCUUCGAAGAGUUCGAUGGCAAGAAGCUCAUCUGUGUGUCGAAAGAGGGUCUGGAGCUUGAGGAGACGGAAGAGGAGAAGGCGGCACGUGAGGCUGAGGUUGCUGCCUUCAGCGACCUUUGCACCACUGUCAAGGAUGCUCUUGGCGACAAGGUCGAGAAGGUCGUCAUCUCCAACCGCAUCACCGACUCUCCUUGCGUUCUUGUCACUGGCCAAUUCGGUUGGUCAUCCAACAUGGAGCGUAUCAUGAAGGCGCAGGCACUUCACCUCGAACUGAACCCGAGCAACCCCAUCGUCAAGGAGCUCAAGCGUAAGGUUGCGGAGGACAAGGGCGACAAGUCUGUUCGCGACUUGACCUAUCUGCUCUUCGAGACAGUGCUGCUCACUUCUGGCUUUGCUCUCGAUGAACCGACAUCUUUCGCUAAGCGUAUCCACCGAAUGAUUGCACUUGGUCUCGAUGUUGAUGAGGAAGAGGAGGAAGAGACAACAGAAACCUCGACCGCCCAAACCAACGGCUGCCGCCACGGAAACCACUCGUCAGCGUCCACGAAGCAGCAGCGGCGUGACUUCCCAGGAGACAGUCCUCCUCCCGCGCUUCCACGUUCACCAACUUCUCCCUCCCCCAACCAGAUGAAUUUUGCGCCGGUUCAGACUCACUGCUCUCCACUCAACUUGAACUUCUUCACGUGCGGCAGUGAAGCAAUACAAUUGAAGUUUUGCUGCACAACCUUCUUCCUUCCAUCCCCCACUCGAAAACCUUCUGGGCCUCUUGAAUCUUUCGCUGAGCCUUGGGGCGAUUACACUCUGGUGCCGCCAGCCCCGCACCAUCAACAACAACUCGAAGGAAACCUCGGACUCAAUGCCACCGAAACGGCCGAAAAACUUGGCUCGGAGACCUGCAGUCAAGUCCACUCGCCCUUGAGACGCAAAAAAGCCCGAGUUCAUGAAGAUGAUUUCGAAUUAGCUGGCCUCAACCGAAGAGACCGAGCCAUCAGCCGCUAUCUCCAGCAACAUGGCCGCACCCUACUUUCUAUCGCGCAGUACCUUGGCUACGACUCUUCCAAAACGGCCACCAUCUUUCGAUGUCGCCAGAACAAAAAUUCCACAAUCGACACUGUCGCAGCAGACGCCGCUUGGUUAGCAGACUGGGACUCUCAAGCUGCUCUGGAUAUCACUGAGCAGUAUAUGAAUCAAGCCGAAUCGGUAUGUUCUAUUUGUUCAUCUUGA